GGACACUUCCUGCCCGGUGCGGAGGUCGGAGGGGCUUUCCAGCCCCACUCACCGUGCGAGCUCCGGACCGACUGCUGGGCCGGGGUCUGAGUCCCCCGCCGCGGGGACAUGGCCUGUGACGUGCGCCGCCGACCCCCUUCCCCCGCCGGUGCUUGGCACUUAACGCGCGCUGCCGAAAUAGUUGCUGACUGAAUUCAGAAACGGACAGGUCCACUCUGUCCCUCCAGAUUGUCCUGCGGGCCCCUUUAAGCCUGUCCUGAUCUGUGCGCCUUAAGCCUACAGCACCUCCAGUACCUUAUCUGCCUUCAUCAGUGGUUAUUGAAUCCGCCCCGCCUGGGACAUUGCUACAAAUGCAAAUUUUCUGAACACCCCAAAUCUACUGAAUCAGAGAUAGUGUGGAGCCCAGCCACCUAACAGUAUUUUAACAAGGCCUCCAAAUGAUUCUGACCCUCUGCUAAAGUUGGAGACCCACUCUUUGAUCCUCACAGCAGCCCCGUCAGCCACCAGGGACGUCCCAGAUGAUCAUAGAGGAGGCAACUGAAGCUUAAAGAGGCUGACUCCUGCUAAAGGCCACACGACUAUCCUCCAGAAUUGUGACUAGGACAGGUCUUCUGACAUCUAGUCCAAUUCUCUGUGUAUUCUCAACAAAUAUUUACUGAGUGCCUACUAUGUAACAGGCACUGCUUUAGGGCUGGAGAAACUGCCGGAAGAAAAUGAAGUCCCUGCCUUCCUGGAGCUGACAGGAAAGAGACAGGCUGUCAAUAAACAAGUGCAAAGAGAAGAAAUACGAUUAUGAUCAUUUGCCCACGACAUCAGUUAUCAUAGCAUUUUAUAAUGAAGCCUGGUCAACUCUCCUUCGGACAGUUUACAGUGUCCUUGAGACAUCUCCAGACAUCCUGCUCAAGGAGGUCAUCCUGGUAGAUGACUACAGCGAUCGAGGUAAGCCUCCGACAAAGGCUCAUGGAGGAGCCUGGCUUUCCGUGGCAGUGCCUGGGAGGAGAGAAUGCGACGCGGGACAGGUGGAAUAGGGCUGAGCACCUGAAGGAGCGUCUGGCCGGCGAGCUGGCCGAGCUGCCCAGAGUGCGCCUGAUCCGUGCCACCAAGAGGGAGGGCCUGGUGCGAGCCCGGCUGCUGGGGGCUUCCGUGGCAAAGGGCCAAGUGCUGACCUUCCUGGACUGCCACUGUGAGUGCCACGAAGGGUGGCUGGAGCCGCUGCUGCAGAGGUGCGUGAGCUGUGCACACUGGCAGGGUCCCAGUGUCACCCAGCAGCAGAAGCCGACUUUGCCCUAUGGUGACAGGUGCUGUGGGGGCACCAGGACUCAGAGGCUUCUGGGGAUCCAUGAAAAGGAGUCGGCAGUGGUGUGCCCUGUGAUUGACGUGAUCGACUGGAACACCUUCGAGUACCUGGGCAACUCUGGGGAGCCCCAGAUCGGCGGUUUUGACUGGAGGCUGGUGUUCACAUGGCACGUGGUCCCCAAGAGAGAGAGGAUGCAGAUGCGGUCCCCCAUCGAUGUCAUCAGGUCUCCAACAAUGGCUGGUGGGCUGUUUGCUGUGAGUAAGAAAUAUUUUGAAUAUCUGGGGUCAUAUGAUACAGGAAUGGAAGUCUGGGGCGGAGAAAACCUCGAGUUCUCCUUUAGGAUCUGGCAGUGUGGUGGGACCCUGGAGACACACCCGUGUUCUCACGUUGGCCACGUUUUCCCCAAGCAAGCUCCCUACUCGCGCAGCAAGGCCCUGGCUAACAGUGUCCGUGCAGCUGAAGUGUGGAUGGAUGAGUUUAAAGAACUUUACUACCAUCGCAACCCCCACGCCCGCUUGGAACCAUUUGGGGACGUGACAGAGCGGAGGCAGCUCCGUGAAAAGCUCCAGUGUAAGGACUUCAGGUGGUUCUUGGAGAACGUGUAUCCAGAACUGCACGUGCCUGAAGACAGGCCUGGCUUCUUCGGGAUGCUUCAGAACAAAGGACUGAAAGAUUACUGCUUUGACUAUAACCCUCCCAAUGAGCACCAGAUUGUGGGACAUCAGGUCCUUCUGUACCUCUGUCAUGGGAUGGGCCAGAACCAGUUUUUCGAGUACACAUCCAAGAAUGAAAUACGCUAUAACACCCACCAACCGGAGGCCUGCAUAGCUGUGGAUGCAGGAAUGGAUAUGCUCAUCAUGGAUCUCUGCAAAGAAACUGCCCCAGAGAAUCAGAAGUUCAUGCUGCAGGAGGAUGGUUCUUUAUUUCACGUGCAGUCCAAUAAAUGCGUACAGGCUGAGAGGAAGGCGUUCAGUGACAGUUUUGUACCACGCUUACGAGACUGCACCAACUCUGAACAUCAGAAAUGGUUCUUCAAGGAACGCAUGCUGUGAAAUGUCACUGUGCCAAGGAGCCCAUUGAAGGGCAUGGGGGCCCCUGGACUCUGUGGCCAGCAGAGACUGAGCUAAGUACAGUACCCAAAAGUUGGCUGCUCUGCUUUUAUAAGGAAAUCGUUCUGCAAUUUGUGAAGGGGAUGUUGGAUUUAGUAAAAAUGUAAAUAAGCUUUGUACUGAUUUUCAGAACUUUAAAAUUAUUCCCAAAUACCCGAUUUUCAAAGGGUAAUCAUAAAAUGGUUUUGGUAUUAAGAACAUUAAAACCUUUAAGUAUUUUUCUACCAAGGUAUAUAUUCUACUUUCAUGCCUUUUUAUUCCUCCUAUCAAAAAGGUAAAUAUUUUAUUUUGAUAUUUACAAGGAUUCCCAGGUAGGAAGAUGGAAAUUAGACUAUGUAAUGUACUUUGCAUAAACUGAUAAUACCUCAAACAUUGGGUUAGAUUCUUCUCAGUGUAGACAAAUGGACACUAAGAACAUUGUAUGGGUUCCUUGAGGUCAGUGAGAUACUCUAGGUUUAUUUUUUUAAAAGAGUGCUAUUUGGUUAUGUGCUGUUACCUCAGUCAAAACGUUAGUUAACGUUAAUGUCAGCCAAAGAGGACCAGCCAAAGCUGGAAUCUCAGAGGAACAAUGCAACCUACCGAUCUUCUACCCGACCCGGUAGACAUCUGACAAAGCCUAGCUGUGAUGUGGCUGCAACUUCCAGUAAUUAGCACUGUGACUUUAUGACAUGUUUCUGUCAUUUAAAUUUUUUACCACACAUUAAAGUCAGGGAGAAACUUAAAGUACUAUGUGAAAUUCAGUUUUCAAGUUGUUCACUAAUAAUAUGUGAUAAUUGAAUUCCGUGUUGGAUUUGUGCUACGGCAGCUGCUGUUAAAGUUUCCCUCAGUAAUUCUGAUUUGUGAACGAUCCCAGAUCCUCUUCUGAGAUCUUGAUGAAGUCAAUAUGAAUGAUUUUUUUUUUUUAAGUGAAAACAUAGCAGAUCUUUGUUUUUGCAAUGAAUCAGAUGGGAGAGAUGAAGACACAUGUGCAGUUGAUUAAAAAAAAUAUCAACUUGUG